CACCGUCAUGUGGCCUGAUAGCGACGACGACAUUAACGGGGAUGACGAAACGAGCGCUGAAGACGAGGCGGGGGAUGGGGAUAGCGGGGAGGGGGGGAGGGGAUGGCGCGGCGUGGCGCGUGCGGGAGGAGCAUGAGGUGGACGCGCUGAUCGUGCGCGUGCCGUGCGAGGGGCUGUCCGUGCUGAACGCGUCGUGGGCCAGAGACGUGGCGCGCCACCACCUGCUGCUGCUCGCCGCGUCGGGCCUCGCUGCUCAGGCGCAAGCCACGGACUUCCCGUGCUGCUGCUGACGCAUUGCCUGCCGCCGCCCAGCAUCUUCCACUGCCGCCACCUCGUCGCAUCCCUCGCGGGGUCCUGGCUCUUCGCCAUCCCCCCCGCCAUGCGCGCGCGCCUGCGGAACGCGCCCGUCGGCACCUGCCAGCUCUACCCCACGCCGCCCCGCCUCCCCCCUUCCGCUGGCAUCGAGACGCCAGCGGCGAGCAUGAAGAAGCAGGCGUGGCGACGGUGCUGCACUCGAGCGACAAGUACAUCUGCGGCGCGCUCGCGCUGGCGCGGAGCCUGCGGCGCGUGGGCACGCGGCACGAGCUGGUGGCGUUCGUGUCGAAGGAGGUAUCGCAGCGCGCGCAGCGCAGCCUCAAGCUGGCGGGGUGGAGGUGGUGGCCAUCGGGCGCAUGCGCAGCAGCUUCAAGGCCAGCAGCAACUACUGCAAGUGGAACCACAGCAAGCUGCGGCUGUGGCAGUUCUCGGCGUACAGCAAGCUUGUCUUCCUGGACACGGACAUGCUGGUGCUGCGCAACCUGGACCACCUCUUCGCCAUGCCCGAGCUCACCGCCGUCGCCAACAACCAGUUUCAGUUCAACGGCGGGCUGCUCGUCGUCGACCCAGAACCCUGCACCUUCAGCAUGCUCAAGGACGCGCUCGCGCUCUUCGAAACGUAUAGUGGACUGCGAGCAGGGUCUGUUGAAUGAGCUGUACCCGUGGUGCACCGC